GUAAAAACACAUUAUUCAGUUGCUUCUUCUCCCGAGCUUUGCUGAGUGAUGCUGGGUGCAAAUCCAGAGCCGACAGUGUAGAGGAAGAGAAAAGCAAAGCUGCGAUUUGAAAAGGCUUUGUCAAGGCAACAGCAAAUUAGCUCUGGCAGCCACCAUAAUGAACACGCAUCUGAGGAGCAAAUCCUCACAAAUGGAGAUGGCAGAGGCUGAACUUCAAAAGCAAAGACUCCAAGCCAUAACCGAGAAAAGGCGGAGACAAGCAGAAAUUGAAGACAAGAGGCAUCAGCUCGAGGAUAAAAUACUUCAGCUGCAGCAUCACAAGUCCAAAGCCAUGAGAGAGAAAUGGCUGCUACAAGGAACGCCAGCUGUAUCUGCUGCAGAGGAGGAAGCCAGGAAUAAACAAGUCCAGGAGGAUGAGCUCAAAGCGAAGCAGCUGGAGGAUACCAUUCACAGACUUGAGGGAGAAAUAGAAAACCUAGAGAGCGAAGAAUCCCAAAUAGCUGCCAAAGAACAAAUUAUUCGAGAAAAGUUGAAAGAGACUGAAACAUCCAUAGAAGACUUGCAGAAGAGUCUCUCCAAUCCCGAUGGAGAUGCAGUAAAUUACAUUUUUUCGCGGAUUCCCAACCUUCCAAGUUUGUACUCACAAAGGACAGAGGCAAUAAAAGGGGAGGACGGGACAGAGAAGGUUGCGGCAAUGUACGGCAUGCAGAUCAACGUAGAAAAAGACAAGCAAACAGGAGAGACCAAGGUCCUCUCCACAGCUGCCUUGGGUCCUGAGGGAGUUUACCAGAGGGGAGUUAAGGUCUACGAUGAUGGCAGCAAGGUUGUGUAUGAGGUACAUUCUGGAGGGGCAGUGGUUGAAAACGGUGUUCAACACUUAACCUCAUCAGAAGUGGAUCAACUACUAAACAGAGCUGGGAGAACCAAUGUGAGUUGUGACAGAUAUGUGUCUGACUCAUUGACUACAUCAGAAAGCAAUGCUUCUACUGAAGGCCCAAGGAGCCUUGGGGACACUGGACACAAAGAUAUGAUCCUCAAGGAAGCUAAGCUAGAAAUGCUCCCUAAGCCAAGUAACUUGGAUCUUGCCGUCAACCCAAUUUGUCAGAUACCUGCAGGUGAAGCUCCCGAGGCCAGUGCUGACCAUCCAGUGACAAUGAUCUUCAUGGGAUACCAGAAUGUGGAGGGGGAGGCAGAAGCAAGCAAACUGCUGGGCUAUGAGGGAGCCAUCCAGGCAGAACUUGUCCUGAUAGACGAAGACGAUGAAAAGUCACUGAGAGAGAAGACUGUGACGGACGUCUCAACACUUGAUGGCAACGCAGCUGAACUGGUGGCUGGGAUAUCCAUGACAGAGGCUACUGACACCCCUUCAGGAGAUGGGCUUGAAGCAACUGAGAGCGGAACGGAACCAGCUGCAGGUACAGAAAAGAAAAAGCGCUGUAAAUGCUGUACUAUCAUGUGAUGGUCUUUGGGAACAUGCUGCCUCUCACUGGCUUCAACCUCACUUUACUAAUCACAUUUGCAGUACUGUGAACUGGGAGGGAAUGUCUUUUCUAUGCUCCUUUAAUUCCUACCUUUAAUGCUGAACUAACUGAGGUAUCAAAACCAGGAGACAGGAAGUGGCUAUAACACAUUUUCAAGUUUCAUU